GCUAUACGUAUAGUGUGACCUGUCACUACAACGUACAAUCGAUGGGGUUCUGGCAGCGCUUGAUAAAUCUUGCGAUAGGUUAUCGUAUGGGUACAUUCCCGCUGUUGACUAUCUAGUUCAUGUUGCACUGUUCAAGAAGCAACGUCCAUGACAAGCAACCGCGAAUCCGUUCUUACGACGCCGCAGCUGGACGAAGAUGUAGACCACACGCCACAUCUCAUGGAAGAGCGCACGUCACGGGCCAUGAAGACGGCCAAGCGAACGUUUGGACUGAUCUUAGCAUUGGCCGUGGUUGGCACCGUCGCCUCCGUUGUGGCGAUUGCUGUCCAGCAGCAGCAGCAGCCCAGUCACAACUCCAAGUUGACACAAGCGAGCACAGGCAGUGGCAACUCCAUCAACGAUCUGCUUGAAGCCCAAAUCGAAGCCCAAAUCGAAGCCAAGACCUUCCACGACACCGCCCCGCACAUGGUACAGAAACAUCACUCGUGGACAGAGUUUCUAGUCGUCGACGAAGAAGACAAUGCCAGCUAUGACAAUCGAUUGAGGGGGAGCAACAGCAACAUCAACGGUGACGACAACGAAUUGGACUAUGAUGGCGAAGAUCCGUUUGAUUGUGACGACGACGACGAUGUUGUUGACGAUGACGAAGAUCCGUUUGAUUGUGACGACGACGACGACAAUGCUGUUGACGAUGACGAAGAUCCAUUUGAUUAUCCAUUUGACUGUGACGAUGAUGAGAUGGACGACGAUCCCGUGAUAGCCAAGGAGGUCGUGGCAGCCUUGAAUAGCCAUCGAAUGUCGAGCCGAGUUGACCCGCUAUAA